CACGCGCCCGUGUGCUUGUCACGUAUCGCUCUCUCUUCCUCGUGCUUACCGCGCAAUCAUCCGGAAUUGCGCGGACGUGUUCUGGCUAAGCUGACCCUGGGCUCGAGACACAGCAGCCACCGUCGCCGCACCAUCCGCAUGACGCUGAAGGCUCGAGCUCAUCAGCGGGUACCACGUCGCUGUUUACGGAGUGCAAGGCCGAUGAGGACACACGACCUCUUAGACUCCCUCUCCUUACACUAUUCUCCCUAAGCAAGAUGGCGGAAAGACCUAGGAACCUGCAUACCUCGAAGUCGUUUACUCGUCUCGAGUCGACCCAAGCAAAGAGCCCGCUUUCCCGCAGUCGUGCAAGCACGCUUCAGGGACCUCCAGUCCCCGACAUACUAGACCCAUUGAAGGAGACGCUGAGCCCAGAAAACGAAGAUGGACGAGUCGGCGCCGACGUAUUCGCAUCAAAGGAAGAUGACGAGGGAGAGACCGUACAAGAGCCGAGAUCGCCAGAUAGCUUCGAGGAGCUUCCCAUAGAAAUUCGGAGCUUGACCGAGAGGUUCCUCGAGGGGCUCUCUGCCAAAGUGCACCCGAGCCCGUUGUCCGCCGACGCCCUCUCAGAGCUCUUCCAAGAGUUUUACAAUCGUGCCUCGGCCAAGAUCAACACCCACAUCGCUACCUUGUCUGCCCGCUUGACUAGUGACACGUACAAGAAGACAGCGGCAUCUAGCAGACCAGCCUCGAUACGGUCUGGUAGCGACCCAGCCGGCGAGCAGCAGAUGCUCAGUGCGACAGAAAUGGUGGACCGGAAGAAAGCGAGGAGACUGCUGGAAGUCAAGCGUGCUGCCCUGGAAGAAGCGGUGGAGCGGGCCGUUUGCGAGAAAGUGUAUUACAGGAUAUGGCGGCAUCGGAGCACCGACGACGAGGAAAGGGACCACAAGCUUCGGUCACGCACUGCUGCCUUGUCGCUCGUGGGGAUCGGCCUGAAAGAGCUUUUGAUGAGCGCGGAAGAACUCACGGAAGAGGAGCGCAAGAAAACAAAGGACAGGGAAGGCGAGAUCAGGGAGUGGCUCUCUUCUGCCAGAGACGACAUUCAGAAGAUGAACGGAGAAAGAUAUCCCCUGGGAAAGCUACAUCAUCUCACAGCGGCACAUAAGUCCAUCGUCGAAGCCCUGUCGAAGAUCUUCCCGGCCUCUUCGUCAGCCGACGAGAUACUACCGACCUUGAUAUUCACCCUGAUCACCUUGCCUCCGUCCGACCUUAACGUGAUCAGCGAUCUAAAGUUCAUCCAAAGAUUCCGUGGUUCCAGCCGCAUGGACGGCGAAACGGCGUACUGCCUCGUCAACCUUGAAGCUGCCGUUUCUUUCUUGGAGACAGUUGACCUCUCAUCACUCAGGGCUGAUGAGCCUGUUGCCCCCGAACGACCUUCGUCGCGACCAUCGACUCCAAGGUCAGAGAUUACUCCCAUGCCACUAGGCCUAGCUCAAGUCCCGGACUUCACUCAAACUCCGGCAACACCAGUCACGAAGACCGCUGCGGGAAAUCCGCCGCCAAGCCCUUCGACAAAAGCUCAGCGCCGCUUGAGCAACCUCAUUCAAGCGCAGACGAACCGUAUCGAAGCUGCCUCAGAUGCCGUCCGCGAUUCUAUUCUUGACUCUGCCGAGCAGGCUCUGGGCCGAAUCAACAACACAGUGGACACCAGCUUCAAGUUCCUUUUUGGCAGGAUGAGGGAGAAGGACCCAAACAGCCCGGUCCAGGAACCUGCUCUGCCAAAGACUCUGGAAGACGCAAGGAAGCUGGUCAACCAGCCACCUCGUAUCGAUGGCGAAGACGACAUCGCUAGUGUGAGCGCUGCGAGCUCGAUCAUGGACGAGGAUCGCCACGAUGAUAAGCACAAGGAUCUGGGUGCCAAGAUGACCGACAUUUUUGGCGGCAGACGGCCGAUUCGAGACCGUAGUGUGGACUCGACUCAGUCUGGCGGCAGCAAUGGCGGCAAACGGGUUGCCUUCACGGCCUCGUCAAAUGAUCAAAGGCCGACCUUGGCAUAUACGAAAACCGACCCCCAUCCACAGGCAAAUACGUCUGCCGUUGAUUCCAUCCGCAAUAUGGGCAACAGCCUGAACCCGCUAAACCGUUUCGCGAAUAUGAAUGUCCUACCUAGGUUUGGUCGUGCAACCGGCAGCAGUGCGAGUACCCCUGCGGCCGCCACACCGAGCUUAGAACAGGGCAAGCAAUUGCCACCGACGCCACCGACGAAUCGGUCUGGAUCAGGCGAAGUGCCUCAGGUGGAUGAGAAAGGAGCAAGAGCAGUAGCGGCGCUUGAGGUGCUGAGGAAGACGACACCACCUGUGAAGCGCUUUUUGGAGGCUAAGGAUGCGCAGGAUUUGAAGCUGAAGGAGGUUGAUGAAUUGUUGAAGGAAUAUCAGAGAUUGGCCGCGGCGCUAAGAGGCGCGAUCAAUUACUGAAUUGGAAGCAUCGCAUUGGCGUUGGUAUGGGCUUACGGCGCGUCCAUCUAGAAGUGAACAUAUAGAUGCCAAUGGAGUCUGGUGUUUCUCAUGGCUCCGCCACUAACAGGGUAUUUUGCAGAUAGUGUAACUCAUUUUCAGGGAAUAUUGAAAAGUCUGGC